UAUGCCUAAUAAUAUGCAAUUACAUAUGACAUACAUUCAGGGUAUAUGAUAACAUCAUAUUACAGUUAGACUCAAAUACAUAUAGUUGCCUAUGGUAUCAUCAAAAGUAUGAUGAUAACAGAGAAUAGAACCACAUUUUCAACCAAAACACCUUACACACAGACUUAUACAAACAAUAGUUUAAAAAGGGAGGGUCACUGAGGAAAAAAGAGAAGUACCAUUGGGUUGGAGUCAGCAGAAUAAAAGGUGAGACAUGGUAACACUGAUGCUGAUGACAAUGCCAUUUUACAACCUAAUAAAAGGUUUUCAACUGACAUUACUAUGAGGUUCAUGGAAAUUCCUUUUAAAGAUCACUGCUACAGUAGUUUCAUAACAAAGACGAGCGGAAAUAAUGGCAGCCAUCGUAACAGGGCUCAUCCCAAUCCUCCGCACGGCAGUGGACACCACCACCACCUACAAGUGCCGCUCGCUGUGGUUUGGCUUCCUCUGCAUGCGCCUGGUGGUUCUGUUCGUGGCCGAGAUGCCCUGGUUCAAGCUGGACUCGGACUUCAGCUGUAACACCACCCAGGACAUGUGCACCCGAAGCUGCUUCAAUCAACACUUUGACAAGCCUGUCAUGGUGGCCUGGAACUUCUUCUUCAUCCUCCUCAUCAUGUCUGUCCUCCUCAUGGAGCUCUUUGCCUCCCACCUCCGCUCCGCUGCCCAGAAGAGGAGCUCCCGGCAGAGGAAAACUACCGGGGAGUUGGAGGCCCAGGGGAAGAGUGGCAGUGUGCCUGAAUCUGAACCCCCAGGGAAGAUGGUGAUUGACCUCCACAAAGACAGGGGCACUGUGGGCUUCUACCUGCUCAGCACCGUGCUGCGUAUUAUGGUGGAGGUCUGGUUUGUCUAUGUGCUUCUGUCCUGGAACCUACCUAAAGUAGAUGAAGGGCCAUUCAAGUGUAAAUCAGGUAUUUGCCCAGAGAUACAUAUUUGCUUGGUGAGGGCAGCACCAGAGAAACGUAUGUCUAUCUAUGCUUUAGCCUCUGUUUCAGGCCUGGUCAUUGUAACUUCUGUCUUGUUCUGUUUGUACUCUAUUUUGCACUACCUCUGUAAAUGUUGAGCCUGCAGGGAACCCAUACUGCACCGUUUUAACUAUAAAGGUGUAAUGUGUAGGUGUAACAUUGGAUGUACUGUUUUCUUUUUUUAAUCAUGUGUCAUGUCUGUGCCAGUUUAAAAGGCUAAUAAUGCUAAAUAAUCUGUCCAAGUUUCCUACAUUAUCAUUCUUGGCAGCAGUUUUUACUGUUCAAACUAUGUUUAUGGGUGUAGAAACACCUAUCUGAUGGUGUGUCUGAGUCAGGCAUUUCUAGUGCUUUCUGGUCAGGGUGAAAAUACAUGCUAAGCUAGAGAGGGAGUGAUACAGAGCCUUCAGAAAGUAUUCACACCACUUGACUUUUUCCACAUUUUGUUGUGUUACAGCCUGAAUUUAAAAUUAAUUUAAUGUAGAUUUUUUUUGUCACUGGCCUAAACAAAAUACCUCAUAAUAUCAAAGUGGAAUUAUGUUUUUAACAUUUGACAAAUUAAUAAAAAAUUAAAAGAUGAAAUGUCUUGAGUCAAUAAGUGUUCAACCCCCUUGUUAGGGCAAGUCUAAAUAUGUACAGGUGUAAAAUUUUGAUUGGCCAGUCACAUAACUUGCAUGGACUCACUCUGUGUGCAAUAAUAGUGUUUAACAUGAUUUUUCAAUGACUACCUCAUCUCUGUACACCACACAUUAAAUUAUCUGUAAUGUCCCUCAGUUGAGCAGUGAAUUUCAAAACAAAGACCAGGGAUGUUUUC